AUGGAGCCAGAAAGCUCCUCUUCUCUGGCAACUGUGCCUUCUACCAUUGUUGAGUUUGAUAAUGAAGGGAAACUGGUUACCUCUGCCCAAGAACGGACUUCGUCAGUCGAGGAUACGGAGCCUGAGUCACCAGCUGAGCGAGUUCAGAAACUGACCUCGCCAACCGACGACGACUUGAAGCCUGAGAAACCAAUUAAGCGAGUCAAGCAAAUAGACUUCUCAGGUCUCGACAAGAAGCGCAAGCGAUCUGAAGACCUCGACGUCGACACAGGUGGCGAUACAGAAGCAGACCUCAGUGACUCGGAUUAUAGCAACUUCACUCCGAGUGUGUCCUCCUCUCCCAUCUCAAGCGAGGAGGACCCACCACCAUCACCAACCCCGAAGCGUGGGAAGAAAAAUACCCUUGACCCUUCAUUCAGGGAUCCUGUCCCUCGACGCAAGAACAACAAAAGGAGGAGGAAGGCCUCAGAAGAUACGGAAUACACUGACCAUGACAGUGAGGACGAGAUUUCUUUCGUUCCGAAGUAUGAACGCAAUCAACUCCUGGAUAUUCAUCCCAGGAGGAGAGGAAAGGCUCAACUUGAGCCAGAAAAUCUUCCUAUCAAUCCUGACUUGGGACCACAGGAACAAACACUUGCAGCUCAGCUUCAUGCUUGUUCCAAGAAGGCCUCGAUACCUCGACACUGGCAAAAGGAUUUCAUGACCUUGCCGGAGAAGUUGUUCUUUGCCGCGGAUAAUGACAAGCACGGAGAAGGCGAUUUUGUCCUUGGGGCUCACAAAAGCUCUGAGUUCUAUGCAAUCCGAGCUUUCCAGGGACUAUUGCAGGUUUGCGGCCAUGUGAGAGAUUUCUGCAAUGUCCUUCGUUCCCCGCCUGAGCCCUUCAUCAAGAAGACAAUCGAGAAGUAUCUUCGCUGGGCAGUGACCGAUGCUGGACUCGUGGUAGAACCUUGCAAUAUCCCUAUGCACGUCGUUUACACCAAAACGGAUAAAGAAGACUCGCAGGAAGCCAUCACCAAGUUCUACAAGAAACUGCAGAUCAGAGCGAAUGACUUCAAGAGAUAUGUCCUUCUCACGCCUGCCCGCGACAAAUUCUGGCCAACCCUAAUAGGCUUCUUUGUCACCGGGCCUAUUGUUUCUGUGGUCACUCUUGACACCACCCCUCAGCCUUCAGACGCCAAUCCACCGUCUGAAGACAAAAGUGCUAAGCCUCUAGGCAAAGAUAACUCUUCGGGAAUCAACCUCCUCAUGUACAUGGACCUUUCAGAUAUGAAUCGGGAUGUCUGGGGUGCCAUGUUUCUCGCAAUCCUCAUUGGACAUGUCAGGAAUACGAUGGUCAAGCUGGCUAGCAACUACAAAUCCGCGUGGGUGGCGCAAUUCCUUGAUCCAUAUGGAGAUUCUGGGUAUUUCUCAGAUCGGGACCAGUAA